AAAUAGUAUUUUUGGAAAAAAAGUUUAAAUACAUUUCUGUUGUUGUGAGCAUAUUAAAGCAGGAUGGAGGUGGAAAAGAAACAAAAGGUUUCUUUCAUGACCACUAUGGACAGGGAGCUUUUCCCUGUUAAAAUGCCUCCAAACAGAUUUGGGAAUGAAAUAGUUCCAUUAAGAGGAGCUCCUCACAGAGGACCUGGGUGUUAUGAAAAUGAGGAUAAAACCAGCUUCAUGUACCAGAUUGAACACAACAUUAACAGCACAAAAGGAUAUACACUAGGAGCAAGAACUUCUCGGAGAUUUCCUAGAACAGUAGUGUUUGAAACACCAUGUCCUACAGAAUAUCAGCAGAAAAAUUCUAUGCUUAAGGAAUUUGAGACAGAUCAGAAACCAUUUCUAGUUGGUGCCGACAGAUUCCCCAUUUAUAAACGAGACAUUGUGGAUGUUUUACCAGGUCCUGGAACAUAUGAGCAUGAAAUUCCAAAGAACCGUAAAGUUCAGUGGCACCAAUCCUUUGGUGGUUCUCCUGUGUACCUCCCAGAAAUAUCAGUACAAAGUACAAUAGGACAAAAUACAGAAAAGCUAUACAGUACAAAAGAAGAAAGGAAAUACCACAGAAAGCUUGCCUACCUCAAACUUUACUAUGACUGACACCUUGUGGAAUUUUAAACUCUAAGUACAUUUUCUAAUACCACAUUCUUACUUUGACAACAAGAAGAUAUAGAAUCAAGAAGUUUUUUAUCUUAACAACCCAGAAAAACUAUUAUUUUUCAUUCUAUUUUUUAUUAUAUUGGUUAUAUUUUAAUUUCAAUCUGUGCUUAUUUUGACCCUGACAUGGUCUUGCAAAAUACAGCUGUGUUUUUGGAAUACAAAAUAACUACCUGGUACAUGUAUCAUGUAUAGUUAUUAUAUAUCUUUAUGGUUCAAAGAAGUGUGUCUAGGUUUAUUGAAAAAUAUUUCAAAUCAUGUGCAUAAAAAAAAAAUCAUUUUUUAAUUGAGCAAUGACAAUGCUUAAAUGAAUGUAAGAAUAUAUACAAAGGAAUGUUGGAAAUCCUCUUUUAUUUUUGGGGCAAAUGAUCAAUUUCAAAUUAGAUUGAAUUAAAUUUCAAAUUUAGAUUACAUAAGACUUUAUUUCUCAAGAGAACUUUUUUGAAAUUUUAUACUAUUUAACUGUGAAGUGUUACACGAUAUGACUGGAAUUUUUAUUACUGGUAUAAAUUAAAACAUUAAGACUUGAGGAAAAACAUGAUGUCUGUUGAAAUUGGUAUUUGAUAAAAAUUCUUUUGUUUUUGAAGAUGUCCUUGUUUUACCUAUUUGUUUUGUUAUUGUUUUGUUAUUGUGUUUAUAAAAUACUUUUACAAUUUUGUCACA